AAAGUUUUCAGAAGGGCUGUGAUAAUAAUACCCUUUCUUCUAAUAAUUCUUUAAAUUGUUACUAUAUGCCAGAAGAAGGAGCCAACAGGCAUGGAGAAUCAACUGACCAAAACAGAAACUCAAAUGAUGAUUUGUUUAUGGAUUGGACACCAAUUGAUGAAAAAAUUGUCUUAUCAAAUAUUGAGAAAGUUCGGACCAGUAUGCUACCAAAUAUCUUACCACAAACUGAAUUCCAAAAAGAGGUACAAAACAUUUCAUCUGAGUUGAUGCGAAAUGACGGUGUCCUUAAAACUGUUUUUAUUGUUAUUGAUACGAAUAUUUUCUUGUCGCACUUGGAAGUUAUAAAAGAAAUAAUGGAAAUAAAAAUUAAUGGUGUAGAAGUUCCCAUAAUGUUUUUACCUUGGAUUGUAAUUCAAGAAUUAGACUAUAUAAAGGAUGGAAAAAAUGCCCAUGAAUUUUUACGAAAAAGAGCGCAAAUUGCUAUUAAAUUCAUAAAUGCCUGCCUUCAAUCUGAUAAGAAGAUCCUUCAAGGACAAAAUAUGUCAGAUGUAAUGCAGAAUAUGACUCCAAACACAUGUGCUGAUGAUGCAAUUUUAAACUGUUGCCUACAAAUUUUGAGGCGCAAAAACCGAGUUAUACUUCUUUCCAAUGACGUAAAUCUUCGUAACAAAGCAUUAUUAAAUAAUAUUCCUGCUUAUGGCCACGAUGAAAUUGUAGCGAUUUUGGAUCCAUUUCGUAAACCAGCUAAUGAAAAAGUUUGUAAAAUUGAAGAGAUUAAAACGAGCUUGAGCCAUUUAAUUAGUAUGAUCAUUGUGAAGGAAAUAAAGGAAUCGUAUGGAAGCAUAUGGAAUAGGAUGGGGGGUAUGUCAAAACCCCCUUGGUCAUUGGAAGGCUGUUUAGAAAGACUAUUAAAUUAUUGGACAUCUGUAUUUAAUUUUUCCUUACAGAAGAACGCCAAGGAGCAUUUUCUCGAGUUUAAAAACUUUCUUAAAAAAGAAAGCAUUACAACGACAGAUAAAGAAACUUUUAUUAAUUAUUGCCUUUCCCUUUGUACUUAUUUACGAAAUGGAUAUUCCAACUAUGGUGAAAGUAUUGACGAUUGCGUUAAAAAUAUCAAAAAUAUUCAAAAAAGCUUGUAGCAUUCAGUAAUUUUUAUGGUGUAUUCAUAAAAUAA